ACCUCCCGGGAUUGGAGUGAAGGGGGUAUCUGCUUGACAGUGGAUCCCCGGGGAUCCGGACUGAGUUCGUGGUGCAUAAGCUUAGGCCGCCCCUGUCUGAGUGGAGCUUUGUAGAGCUGAAGCGCACGGGGAGAGGAUAAUCCUCUUGUAGCGUCUGAUUGGAAAAACCGCGCUGUAGGAUUCUUUCCGCAGGGUUCCAGUCCAGGGGAUCUGAUGGGAGGUGGGACCGUUGGUGUGUGGUACUUCGGCUUCGGAGUCCUUGGCCACUCUGGGAGUGGAUGAGGGUCGCAGAGGGAUCCGGCGGAAACUCAGCCUCCCAGGACCGGGAUCCCAGGGGAUCUCAGGGCGCAAUCUGCAGGGAUAAAGGCCCCAGGAAGCUCCAGCUAUGGGAGAACUGGGUCCGCUGGGUUCUCGCGGCAAAUCCCAGGCAGGGCACGAGUGAUCCUCUGAUUGCCACGGCGGCAGCGGGAAGACACCCGCUCCGGGCGGCCAGUUGGGGGCGUCCUUCCGCGCCCCAGGGUUCCGGUCUGUGGGCUACCAAGAGCCUUAGGCGGACCAUGACGGGCAGAGCCCGAGGGGAGGGACUGGCCCUCACUUCCCGCUCCCCUGCUCUCCUCCUACCCCAGGCUGCAGCCUAGGAUUCCCCAGGGACUCCCCGGAGCCGCUGCUUCCCCCAAUGGACUUGCUCGGGGACUCCAGCCCACCUGGCCGGCCGCAUCUAUGCCGCCAGCCCCUGGCUCGGGCAUUAUGGGGAGCCAGGAGCCCAAAACGGCCAAGGCUGCAGUCUCUAGGGGCCCCUUCGCCCUUGGAAAAGGCCUCUCGGCGGGUCCUGGCUGUGGUGCUGGAAGAUGUCAUGGCUGCUCACAUGGCCCCCCUGGUGCCCGAAGAGGAGACCUCCACCUCACGGCAUUGCAACAGUUGUCGGGAUUCUGUCCGAAGCAAGCCGUCUGCUUCAUCACUCCAACAGUCCUCAUGGUCCUUGCAGGCCAGGCCUCCCGACUCACUUCACUUAUGCCGAGAACCUCUGAGCUGUGUCCGCCGGCCUGCUCUUACCCUGAGGCAGCGAUCAAGGACAACCCCUGGCCCAGAGGAGGGCCCUUCACAAAAGGUGGACCAGGCCCCCAAGCCCACUCUAGUGGUGAUGCUAGAAGACAUUGCCAGCUCCAGACCCCUGGCUGAGGGCUUUGCUGAUCAGAGUCCCAACUUCAUCAUCCCAAUGAAAAGAGCUGAACCUGUGAUGAUGGUUCACCAGCCAGUGCCUCCGCCCAGGGACCUGGAACCCCUAUUCCAGCCAUCUGCCCUGUCUGCAGAUCUUCCAGAGAGUCCAUCACAAGUCCCAGAUCCUGUUCUGGAGUCCCCAUCGACCCCACCACCGUCCAGCCUUUUACGCCCCUGCCUCAGCCCCUGGGGUUUGGCCCCCCUCUUCCGUUCUGUCCGCUCCAAGCUGGAGAGCUUUGCUGACAUCUUCCUCACGCCCAACAAAGCCCCACAGCCCCCACCCCCAUCACCCCCCAUGAAGUUGGAGUUGAAGAUUGCCAUCUCAGAGGCUGAGCAGUCCGGAGCUGCUGAGGACACUGCAUCUGUCAGUCCCCGGCCCCCUAUCAGUCAGUGGCGGGCCCAAGACCACAAUCCCCCAGCACCCCUCCCUAAGCCCUCUCUGGGCCGAAGCCACUCCUGCCCUGAUCUGGGGCCCCUUGGCCCAGAUACCUACAGCUGGCCCCCUGCUCCACCCCACCCAAACAGGCCAUGGCCACGGCGGCACACUGUGGGUGGUGGAGAGAUGACCCGAGCCCCACCACCCCCUCGGCCCUGUCUCCGGAAAGAGGUCUUCCCUCUUGGAGGAGUGGGAGCCUCUCCUCCCCUUGUCACAUCUUGUUCAACCACCGCAUCCACUCGUUCCUUCUCUGAACCUGCAGAACCCAGGUUGGGCUCAACAAAGGAGAAGGAGGCAAGGGCCUCAGAGGACCAGGUGCUUUCAGACCACAAGACGAAGACCAUGGGAAAAGUUUCUCGAUUCAGAAUACGUAGGACACCAGCCCAUCCUCAGCUAAACCUUACACCAAUGGGACUGCCUCGACCAGUCAGGUUGAACAAGAAGGACUUCAGCUUGGAAGAAAUUUAUACUAAUAAGAAUUACCAGACACCUACAAACAGGAGGACCUUUGAAACCAUCUUCGAGGAACCCCGGGAGCGCAAUGGGACUCUGAUUUUUACCAGCUCCAGAAAGCUACGGCGGGCUGUAGAAUUUCGAGACAGCAGCCUCCCAAGAUCCCGGCGGCCAUCUCGGGGGGUCCGGGCUGCAUCUGGCAGGACCCUUACUCCCAACCUGGCCCCCAGCCCAGAUGUGGGACCGUUGCUGCAGCAGCGGCUGGAGGAGCUGGAUGCCUUGCUCCUGGAGGAGGAGGAAGUGGAUAGGAAGCAGCCCCAUCUGAACUAGGAACUCCAGCUUAUUUGUCCAUCCUCAUCCUGGAGGGAGGGGUAGCCUCUUGGAGCAGUUACAUUUUUUUCUCUGUAUUUCUAGUAAAGUUUUCAUAUGCUUGA